AUGUCUCGUCUUCAAGAAGCCAAGAUCGCAAUUGAACAAAGUGCAGCACAUUAUCUUGAAAAAAUAACGCAGGAUCCAACAGAUAACAAAGCAUAUAUUGCAUUUGAGAAUAUCUUGGACGAAUAUUUAUCCAAUCCUAUAUAUUAUAAUGAACAAGAACAGAUCGAAUUGUUAAAUUGUAUAAAAGAUGUCACAGUUCCCUUAAAAGAUGAAGAACAAAAGGCAGGAUUGCCGUUCUUGUCAUCAUACGAAUCAACAUCACUUAUAGUUCAAGAAAUUGUUGAUGUUAUGGCUCAGCUUAAUGUUCGAGAUAUUCAUGUGAUACUUUUUGAAAGAUUUAGUUUGCUUGAUUGGGAAAAUUCAGAAAAUUUUGUAUCUGAAUUUACUGGAUUAGUAAAGAUACUCAGAAUAGCUGAAACUUUCCAAUAUAUUGUUAGGGCAUGGCAAACAUUAAAAACUUUAAAUGAUAAAAAUUUAGAUCUCGUAACUGAAUGUCUAAUCGGAUUCACAGAAUUUACAGUACAAACGAUUAACCUUGACAGCAAGGACCUUAAACUUAGCAUCACACCAAAUGAUAUACCCGAUCAAGAAUUUUUUUUGAUCAAUUAUUUAAUCGUACAAUCUUUUGAAGAGUUUGUUCGAUCCUUUUGCAUACCAAUGUCAUCUAUUUAUUAUGAAACUUUCCACCCAAAGUUCAAUGUUCCAUGGAAACAAAAACAGAGAGAUAAUGUUAGGUUGAUUGAUCAACAGCGACUAAGCAAAUUGAUCUGUGUUGCUGUCAAAUCUCACAUUUCCAGUAACCAAUUGGUGAAUUAUAUUAUCCAGGCGAACGAAAAAGUCAUUGACAGCAAAGACCAUGUAGAAGAUGACGGCCAGGAAGUGACACCAGAAUAUAUUGACUCGGUGUUCGAAAAUAAAGAUAUUUCAAAGCCUAAAUUCGAUACUUCCGAAUAUCCUAUUUCUCCAAGAGGAGUAAUUUCUUAUUUAGCAUCAGUCAUUUAUUAUAAGUCCAUGGCACUUAAAGGAUCAAACACUCUCAAAGAUGUAUUUUCAGAAUCUCCAGAACAUAUGUUUAGAGAAAUUAUACCUAUUGCUUCUAUAGUGUUUAUAAAACAUUCUCAAGAGACCGAAAUAAUUGACAAGGUAUUACUGGUGCUACUUUAUUUGGCUGAGAGGAAUGAAGAAAGCACCAUCACGAUGCAACACUUGACUGCAAGUUUGUCAAAGGAUGAAAUAACCCUAGGUUCAUUAUUCACGAUGAUUUCCUCUUUUGCAUCAGCUUCACCCGAAGAAACGUUGCGCUUCAAUGCGCAUCAAUUAUUAUCUAGGAUUAUUGCAUUGUGUACAGAUGAUACCAGAAUGUUUUUAUUGCAGCAGUUAUUAAUGAACAGUCCGUUUGAACAGAUGAAAAGCGCUGCAAUUGGUAUCUUGAAAGAGAAUGUUGCUCAGCGCUUGAACCAAGCUUAUGAUAGAAAGCAUGACGAACUCUCCGCGUCCGUUUUCGCGAGUCCGUACUUGAUUGAAGGAUUUUUCCCUACUAUUCUUCGAUUAAAAUCUAUCAUUCCUGCUGAAUCGAUUUCAACAGAGGAUCAAGAAACAGAAUUUGAAGAAAAACAUAGUUUUAUUAUGCAUGGAAUAAAUUUUUAUCUGUUUUUAUUAAUGAGAGAUGAACAAAACAAGACAGGUGUUUGGAAUUCAAAUCAAUUAAAACAAACAAAUGAUGAAUAUUUGGUUCCAGUAAUGACUAAAUGUGAAGAUUUGAUGUCCAACUAUGAAAAACGCCUAAAAGAAUUGAAUCAACCAUGUCCAGAUAAAGAUGAUGAGAAUGUUGAUAUAAAUGCUAAAUCAGAAUUAGUUCAAGAGCGAGAGUUAUUACAACAGAAAUUAUUUAAUAUGUAUCUUUUACAAGAUGCUAUUAAAAGAGUUUAUCAA